AUGGGUUUUAGAGAUUUCAAAGCUUUUAAUUUAGCUAUGUUAGCUAAACAAGGAUGGAAAUUAUUAGCAAAAUCUCAUGCUCUCGUCUCUCGCAUAUUCAAAGCAAGGUACUUCCCUAAAUCCUCUUUUUUAGAUGCAAAGAUUGGUAAUAACCCAAGUUUUGUUUGGAGGAGCCUUUGGAAAGCUAGAGAUGUUUUAAUACUUGGAUGCAGGUGGAGCAUUGGUGAUGGUAGUAAUAUAAAUAUUAUGAGAGAUCCUUGGCUGAGAAGUAAGAAAGGCGAUUACAUUACUGGCCCCCAGAUCUCAGGUGUGUAUGACAUGUGUGUGAAUGAUCUUUUACUCCAUAACUCUAAACAAUGGGAUACCCAAGCUAUUCAUGCCUUAUUUGAUCAUGCAGUGGCAAGUGAAAUUAUGAAGGUUACUCUGUUAGGAGAGGUGAUAGAGGAUGGCAUAAUAUGGAAAGAGGAAAAGAACGGUGAGUAUAGUGUGCGAUCGGGCUACCGGUUGUGGAGGAACUCUCGGCGCCAUAAUCAGGUAGGGAGCGGUGCGGAAGUUUGGGAUAACAUCUGGAACAUCAUGGCCCCUCCUCGAGCGAAACACUUAUUAUGGAGGAUUUGUAGACGUUGUUUGCCGUCGAGGGUCAGACUCCGCCAGCAUUAUGUCCAAUGUUCUGUGUGCCAAAAUUGUGAAGUUGGCGUGGAAGAUGAUUGGCACGUGUUCUUUGGUUGUAUUAAUGCUCACCAGUGUUGGCGGGCAACAGGUUUGUUUCACCUUAUCGAAUCCAGAUUACACUCUUUUUCUGAUGCUACAACACUUAUUUUUGAUAUUUGUAGUAAAGAGGAAAGUCGGGAGGUUGGUAGGUUUGUGGUGCUUCUCGAUUCCCUUUGGAAGAAUAGAAAUAAUAUUAUAUGGAAUAAUGAGAGAGAAGAUUAUUCGAAGGUGGGACUCCAAGCCUUCUUUAAUUGGAAGGAUUGGUUUAUGGCUCGUGAUGUGAAAGAAGUCAAUAUUGCAAAUCCUAGUUGUGUGAAGUGGAAUCCGCCUCGGGAAGGUUGGCUUAAGUGGAAUGUGGAUGCGGGCUUCAAUAACCAAAUAAAGACAACCAAUAGGGGCUGGUGUGUGAGGGAUAAUGUUGGGAGAUUCAUAUCAGCAGGAGUGGCUUGGGAUACUGGAAUUAUGUCUACGGUAGAGGCAGAAGCUUUGGCCUUGAAAGAGGCAAUUCAGUGCGCUAUUGAUAGAAACAUGAAUUUUGUGAUCUUUGAAAGUGACUCCCAGGUGGUGGUUAAUGUUGUUCUAUCUACUCAUGUUGGUUGUUCUGAAUUUAGUUGUAUUAUUUCUUCUAUUAAGCAAUUACUUCCUCUUAUUCAAAACUUUGAGGUGAAGUUUAUUAAACGCCAAGCGAAUAGGGUUGCCCACUCGUUAGCGAAGGCGGACAAUUCUUGGUCUAGGUGUAGUGUUAUUAAUGUUAUUCCUCCUUGUAUCGAAUCUCUUUUAAUCAAUGAAAGAAGUUAA